ACCGGGGUGGAAUGAGACACUGCUGAUUCCAGGAGCAGCAAAAUGUCUGAAAUCGAAAACGCAUGUAUACAUGCGCCAUUAUUGCGUCUCGGGGUUGCUUUUUGGCCCCAUCUAGCUUUCUCACGAAUGCAUGACGUUUGGCCUACCAGACUGCAGACGUGUUCGGACAUGUCGUAGGAAGGCUUUAUUAUGUGAGCAACAAUGUGGCUUACACUGGCCGCACCUGCUCCCACCGCCCACGAGCACAAAGAAAGCCCUCCAGCUGAGUCCUCGGGGUAAAGCCAUUCCUGUUCAACCAUACCAGCACGGCUACCUAAUAUUUCCUAUCAUCAACCUUCACACCUACAGGCCUCGUCAAUAAUUGGAACAGGUAGCUGCUGACCCCAGCGGCGCGCCAACCAAUUCGCAGUCAAAAAUAUCUUACUCCUACCCUACAUGGAGCCCUCAUUCUUUAGCCACCUGCCACCCGAGAUCCGGAAUGCCAUAUACGAAUACGUUCUCUACGAACCUCACGGAGCCGAAAUAUGGGAUGAACCCGGACUCCUUCAAUCGAGCAGCAUGAUCCGAGCAGAGGCCGAGCUCAUGUACUAUGCCAUCAACAGCUUCAGAACCACAAUUCACGAAGACCACAUGAACCACCAUCUUUGCCAAUGGCUCAAACGGAAAGCCGGACAGCGGAUCCAUCUCAUUCGAGGUCUGGAUAUAUAUGUCGAAAUGCCAUCACUUCAGGAAGUUGAGGACUGCGACGACAACUCGACCUUUUUCCUGCUCACGCAUAUUGUUGAGGAACUUCAGGCAACCUCGUUCAAGAACAGAUCCACUGAAUGCGUUGUGAGAUGGUCUCUGAACGGCGCCAGCGAUUCUGAGAGUUUUGAGAAUAUCAACGAGAUGUCGGCGAUCGAUCAGGAUAGAUUUCGUGGUGCGAAGUUUUUAUUGCUGUUUAUGGUCAAUGGUGCGGAGAAAACGUUGGAUGCUUUGCAUGCUGAGGACUCGGAGGCUGUGCUUGAGGGAUUUGAUGCGGUUGUGAGGAGGAAUAGGGGGAGAGGUUUUGUGGGAUGAAGGGAGGGGCUGAGGUCGUUGGGAUGAAGGGAAAUGGUAGUGUAUCAAUGAUAUUCGUCCUCUUCGAUAACUCUUACGCGUCUUCAGUCCGUCCUCCAUUAGGAGAGUCCGUCCG